GUUUUUAGCUUUGAGUUCCAGAUUAUAGAUCAUUCCGGAUUAUGGGUGUCCGAAUUAACGACUUUUGACUGUAUAUGCUUAUGGUAUUUGUAUAAUUAAGCAUUGCUUAAUAUAAGUGAAACAUUGUAUUAUCCUUUUAAAUAGUAAUUUUAUUUGUGAUGAAGUUAAUAAAAUGCUGUUAGUAUGUAAUAACAUUUUUUUCCCCCCCAGCUUAACUGUCUUGGAACAUUUAUGGUUUUAUGCACGCUUGAAAGGUGCUCAAGAAAAAGAUGUUAUCGAAGAAGCUAAUGAAAUGAUAAAAGAUAUGAACUUAAAAUCUAAAACAAAUGAAUUAUCCAAAAAUUUGUCUGGUGGUAUGCAGCGUAAGUUGUCUAUUGGCAUCGCCUUUGUUGGAGGGUCUCAGACCGUUAUACUGGACGAACCUACUGCUGGUGUAGAUCCAUAUGCAAGAAGAUCUAUCUGGGAACUCCUGCUUAAGUAUAAAGCUGGAAGAACUGUGAUUCUCACCACCCAUCACAUGGAUGAAGCAGAUCUGCUUGGAGAUCGCAUUGCCGUAAUUGCGAAUGGAAAACUCAGGUGCUGUGGUUCAUCGUUGUUUCUGAAAACUCGAUUUGGCAAUGGUUACUAUUUGACUCUUGUGAAAUCAUCUGAUUAUAACCUUAUUAACCAUGAGCACAGGAACAGCAAGGGCUCUUCCAGCAUGAUGAAGGAAAAUUCCCAUAAAGGUUCUAGUGAAAUUACCGACGAAGGUGUCGCAGACAUGUCUACCAUCGACUCAAAAUCAGAUCUGUCGGAAAAUAAUCUCUUGCCAGAAAAUGGUCUGAGUUCAGCAUCUAGUUCUCCUUGGGGUGGUUUAUGUCUUAUAUCCCAAGUUACAAGGUUUAUCCACACGUAUGUGCCAGAAGCCAAGCUGGUGGAAGAUGUUGGAUCAGAAGUUUCUUAUCUCAUUCCUCCUUCUUCGCAGAGAUCUGGUGAACUUCAGCGAUUAUUUAAAGCUUUAGACAUGAGCUUAGAAGAACUACAUAUCAGCAGCUAUGGCAUAUCAGAUACAUCUCUGGAGGAGGUGUUUUUGAAAGUUACUGGAGCUGCUGGUACAGCUACAGAUAUUGAAGAAGAAAAUACACAUGAUGGUGAACUAGAAAUUGAUAUGGAGAGGGAAAAAAAUAAGUGGUUUAGUCUUAGGAAUACACUCAUGCAUUUAAAACUGCACAGCAUUGCCAGGUUUUUUGGCAAGGAAAUAAGUGGUAAAAAUGCACAUGACAAUAACUCGGAAGAAACAGCCGUAAGGGAAAGCCUCACUGGCGGAAGCGGAUGUGAUAAUGUUCAACAUGUAGACUUGCCACCACUGCCAGAGUUAUCUGAAAGACGUAUAUCAGGUGCCAAACUCAUACAGCGCCAAAUGGUAGCCUUCCAUCUUCGAAGGUUCCAUCAUUCAAGGAGAAAUCUGAAAGGUUUAUUUUGUGAGAUUGUUAUGCCUGCUGGCUUCAUUUGCUUGGCACUUGUUCUUGCUUUGUUCAUCCCUCCUCUUGUUGAAGAACCACCUCUAGAGCUUCAGCCUUGGAUUUAUGGACCACCCAACCAUGUUUUUUUCAGCAAUGAGGAUCCUCGCAGUCCAUUAGCUGCAAAGUAUGUUGAAUCUCUCCUUUCACCUGUUGGUAUGGGAACUAGAUGUGUGAAAGGUCAUCCUAUAAAAGACAUACCCUGUGAACCGAGAAGUUUCAAUAAAUCAGCUUUGAUUGGUUCACAAGAGGACGACAGAUCCUUUCUCGAAACAUGCCCAUGUACUAUCGGAACGCAGGUCUGUCCAGCAAGUGCCAUCGGCUCCAUCCCUCCACAUGUCGCUGUGAGCUCUAGCGAUAUCAUUUAUAACAUGACUGGCAGAAAUAUUUCAGAUUGGCUUAUCAAAACUCGGAAAGAUUUCUACAAACAACGAUAUGGUGGCUUCACAUUUGGGUUAAAGAAUCCUUUAUCAGCUGUCAAUUUCACUCUCAUUCAUUACAUGGUCAGAAGGUUUGCUGGAAAGUUUCUGACCGAAAACCAAACGGAUAAAGUACAUGAUAUUGUUAUAGCCAUCGAGAACAAGUUGAGAAGCUUGGAGGUUUUUGAUAAUGUCAAGGUUUGGUUUAACAACAAAGGUUGGGCAUCUUCUGUAUCAUAUAUGAAUGCAAUGAACAACAUAAUUCUCAGAUCCAGUUUGCCUCCUGGAGCCAAUGCCAGCUACUAUGGGAUUUCUGUCAUUAACCAUCCGAUGAAUUUUACCCAAGAUCAACUCAAGGAUGAGGUUCUGGAACGGAAAGGAUUGAGUUUGAUGCAUGCGGUAUGCGUUAUUUUUGCAAUGUCCUUCGUAACUGCAAGCUUUGUGAUGUUUCUCAUUGAGGACAAAGUGUCAGGUUCCAAGCAUUUACAAUUUGUGAGUGGUGUGAAACCUGUGGUAUACUGGAUUGGAACCUAUACUUGGGACUUGUGCAACUACUUGGUACCUUUCAGCCUGUGCAUAUUAAUUUUCUAUGUGUUUGAAGAAGAUGCUUAUGUUUCCAAAGAUAACAUUGCUGGCUUUGUAUUACUUCUCUUUCUAUAUGGAUGGUCUAGCAUUCCUCUGAUGUAUCCAACCACUUAUUUCUUCAAUAUUCCUAGUUCAGCUUUUGUUGCUUUGGCAUGUUUAAACGUUUUUAUCGGCAUAGUAACAACAUUAUCGACAUACAUUCUGGAGCUUUUCACUGAUAAAGAAUUACAAGAUAUUGCUGGGAUUUUGAAGCAAGUUUAUUUAGUUUUCCCACAUUAUUGCCUGGGAAGAGGUCUCAUGGAUCUUUUUACCAAUCAACUUGCUUACGAAACCCUCGCAAAGUUUGGAAUAACCAUGUUUCGAAACCCCCUUUCUUGGGACUUUUUAGGAAAAAAUCUUGUGUAUCUGACUAUUCAAGGCAUCAUCUAUUUUUCCAUCACUUUGUUAAUAGAAUAUAAAUUUUUUAUAAG